AUGACCUUGAAUAUGUCAAAGGCUGCGACAGAUAUUGCACGGCGCCCGGCACUCUCCCAUCGCCGGGCUGCCAGUUGUUACGAGAAUAUGCGUGUCCGUUCAUUUUAUGGCAAUGAUAAUCAGCUAUGGACACAGGGCAUGCCGGAGGUUCCAACAGUCAAUAUCGCUGCUCAAAAGCAGCUCGAGAUACAACCUGAGCCUACAAAAAUAGAACGCUGUCAGGAUAACUACCGGGUAGCAUCUAAACCGUUGAAAGCCCCGCAACUCACGGAUGUGCCCUGCCCUCGCACCUUGCUUCGGAACUCGCGUGGCGACAAGCUCGAGCUUACUGAGGGGAUGAUGUCGGCCUACAACAUCUUGCGUGGACCUCAGCCUGUCAGCCGCAAGGAUCCUCUAUUGAGCCAGAUGCAGGCAGACGCGGGUUUGUUCUCAUUCGACGGAUCUGAAGCUUCCUCCAGCAGUGACUCCACGCUUGCUUCAUCAUCAGGAUUUUCUGGCUUUGUGCAUAACUUCAGCUCUUCAUUUCACACUACCAUCAUCACUCCCCCAGACGAUGCUGAUGAUCGCUACUCCAACCUCUCUGACCGCACCAUAACCUGCAACAUCCGCCGCUCCCCUGAGAAGAGAGCAGUGCUACACCAGCCAUUCAUCGAAGCAAAAAGCCGCGAGAUGAAGGCGGAAGUCGUCCAAGAUCCAUGGAAGUGCGGUCCUAUCGACACAUCUAGAUACAAGCUCCCUCCUGCUGAAGCAAGCAAGUACGAAACCCGAAACGAUAUGAGCUGCAAGGUUGAUCUGCCUUCGUCGAUGAUCUCUCCGGAAACCUUUCUAGCGUGGUCCGAAGGUGCACAGCUUUGGGAUACAGACAUAUUGCACCAGGAAUCGCGUUCCAGAGAGCCAGAGCAGCCCGUUCGUAUGCGGCCCUCGACGCCUCUUCAAAUGCCGGAGAGGGGCUGUCCAGACGACAACCCAGGUUCCAGGUCUUUCCACGCAUAUGAAGAGCAAUACGACCAGGAAGAUGGCGAGCGCAUGUCUCCGCACUACAAGGUCCCCCCGAACCCGUCAAUACUCUGGGAGUCUCGUCCUGUGACUCCGGAGAUGAUGUACCACUGUUUUCCUCACGGCGAGUUCGACCGUAUGGAUCCAGUAGCUGGACAGGCAUGUCGAGAUGCCAGUCUUGGUUUUAUUCCAAACUUUGGAGUAGCAGAUGUCUCGCCGGUGGCCGGCGAAAUUUUCUCUGAUGAUGAGAUCGAUCAAGUCCUCAACACCCACCGCGGGCCCAUCUUUGACGACAUAACUGCUGCCAAGUACAAGGAGGCCAUUAGUACCUUGGAAGAACACCUCGCCCUCUCAGAGCAGCAAGAAGCCCAGCUGGAGCAGCAAAAUGAAGUUCAGCGACAGCGUCUCCGAUCCCUUGAGCUCGACCUCGCAUCGCUGCAGCCCAGAUCGGUCGGAGACGGUAGCGGCAGCAGCAGCGGCAGUCCCGCCGUCAGCGAGACCGAAACCUGCUACUCGCCAGUCUCGGCGCAGAGGCGUGCGCGCAUCCUACGGCACAUGGCCGCGCGCCUGCGCGAGAACCUGUGGCAGCACAACUGCCGCCGUGAGGCCAUUGCCGCCGCCCGCCGCGAGAACGCACUGCUGCGCUUGCAGGUCGGACAAGUUGAGGAGCGGCUGCGGGCGGUGGCUGCUCGGGGCACAGCUCCCUGGGCCGAUCAAGACCAGUGGGACGCUGGAACGCCUGCUGGGCAAGAUUCUUCGCAGUGGCAGUGGCAGUGA